CAGCGGACCUUCUGACUCAACCCUCAAUGUGGAAGGCACUGUGAUACUAGCCGUGCACGCGGGCCGACUGUUCGGGCCCGUUGACAAUUAUAACAGUAUUCUGGCAUGCGCUUCCAAUGCCUGGUCAACUCCUCCUCGUCCAUCACCCCUCUUGUGUGAAAACAAUCGCCUAGUUCAUCACGAUGCCCGCGCGAAGAUCCAAGGAGCAAAAGGCUGCCGAGCUUACAGCUGGCGGGGGCUCUGCAUUGACCGUAACGGCGCAGCAGAGUCGCUUCCACACAGAGAUGGAUGAAGACAACAACCGCAAGGAGAUCGUAGUGAAAGACCUAAGCAUGUCGCUUGGGAAUCGUGAGCUGUUGUCUCACGCCGAUUUACAAUUGCAGCGAGGUCGACAUUACAUCCUUCAUGGCAGGAACGGGAUUGGGAAAUCAACGCUACUCAAAGCCAUCGCGGACGAUCAAAUUCCAAACAUACCGAGAAGUGUCAAAGCGCUUCUCCUCGGACAGACCCAGUCGAAUGUUGAGGACGAGUUGGAGAAGCUGGACCUCUCCAACACAAGCGUCCUAGAAUACGUCGUCCGCAGUGACCAACAGCGUGAAACAUACAUGCACGAAGCCAAAGUGCUAUCAGCAGCAUUAGAAUCAACUGUGGACCCCAAUGCAGCUGUCAAAGCCUAUCGUCAGAUACAGCAUGAAAGACUGGAGCGCAGAGUGCACGUCAUUCGGCAGCUUGCAUUACGCAGAAGUGGCCCAAAAGGCAGAAGAACGCGUGAUGAGCAGAUCAAGCUUGAAGAGGAGUUAGAAAUAUCGGAAGCCAGGCUGAAUGACGAAGUAACUGUGGACGAGCUCAGCGAGAAAAGCCACAAGGCGGCGGAAACGCUUACAGAUGUGCAGACUGCGCUCGAACUUAUGGACGCUGAUGGAGCAGAAGCCAAAGCACGUUCAGUACUUCUCGGUUUAGGGUUCAGCGCAGAGAGCAUCGACCAGCCGCGAUCCAAUCUGUCAGGAGGUUGGCAAACACGGUGCAGUCUCGCCUGUGCUCUGUGUCAGUCAGUAGAUCUGCUGCUGCUAGACGAGCCUACUAAUUUCCUGGACCUUCCCUCGAUCAUCUGGCUCGAAAGAUACCUCGCCGAGAUAGCCGAUGAUACGACAGUAAUGGUCGUCACUCACGAUCGAGCUUUUGGUGAUGAAGUUGCUGAGGAGCUUCUUGUCCUCCGGCAUCGGCAAUUGGAACGCUUCAAAGGAAACCUCUCUAACUACGAGAUGCAACGUCUGAAGACGUAUAAGUACAUGACGAGAAUGAAAGAAGCGCAGGACAAGCAAAAGAAGCACAUAGAGGGUACCAUCCAGAACAACAUCCAAGCUGCCAAGCGGGCCGGAGACGACAAGAAGCUCAAGCAAGCUGCCUCUCGCAAGAAGAAGUUGGACGAGAGAAUGGGCCUGGAAGUCUCAGCAAAAGGUACUCGGUUCAAGAUCAACAGAGAUCUGGGUGGUUACUAUUUGACAAACCGAGCCGGAAUUGAGAUCCCUACAUUCGAUCCCCCAGCCGAGCUGAAAAUCCCAGCGCAGCCCGCCGACCUACGCCACCCGGGUAGUCUCGUCAGUCUCGAAAAGGUCAACUUCUCGUACACUGUGGCAAAGAAGAAAGUCCCAAUCCUAACCGACAUCGAUCUCACAAUACAUCUUGGCGAUAGAAUCGGCAUCGCAGGCCUCAACGGCAGCGGUAAAUCGACGCUCGUCUCUCUUAUCAUGGGCCAUACCUCCGCCGAACCUUCUAAACCCAUGUUACCAAGCUCGGGCACAAUCACCAAACACACUCGCGCCCAAUUUGGCCUCUAUUCCCAACAAGCCGCUGAAGAGCUCGAAGCCAUAUCUGCUGCCAACCCGCAAGCUACGGCUCUUUCUCAUCUCAUGGAACACAUUGGCGCCUCAUUCUCCGAGCAAGAAGCCCGUGGUAUACUCUCCGGCGUUGGACUCUCCGGAAAAGUCGCUUCUGACGUUCCCAUCUCGCUCCUUUCAGGUGGUCAACGAGUUCGACUUGCUCUCGCAAAACUCUUACACCACCCUCCACAUCUUCUCAUUUUGGACGAAGUCACGACACAUCUGGACACAGACACGAUUCAGGCAUUGAUUGGAGCGUUGAAGACUUAUGAAGGAGCAAUACUGGUUGUGACGCACGAUCGGUUCUUCAUGAAGACAGUGGUGGAGAAUUGCUCGAUUCGCUCUCUUGCCGGGCCAACUAGGCCAGAAGAUGAGGAGGAUGAAGAGAGCGAGGAUAGCGAGGAGGAUGAGGAAGAUCAGGUGAAGCGGACAAGAGUUGUCUUUAGGCUUUCGAAGGGGAAGCUGAGCAAGCUCCAACGAGGGAUGGAGCAAUAUGAGGAGAUUGCUGCGAGAAGCGCGACGAAGUUGGGUAAGACAUGAGCGCCAGCUGUAUGAGUAGGCAAGUGAGAGCAUCUUACCCUGCGUACAGCUAAAGAGGCAGCAAGCGUUGAUUACUACAUCCUCCACAUAUCUCACACCUAGAUCGAAACCCCUCCAUUUCCUCAAUAUUUCUUUCGCAGAAGAAAUACCAAAUCUCCUAUUCUUCCCCGACGA